CCCGAUGCCUCCGAAAAAGCAAGCCACUGAGGACAGCGCCGCCGCGCGCUUCGGCCGCGUCCGCAACAACCUCAAGAUGGGCCUGGUGGGUCUGCCCAACGUCGGCAAGUCGUCUCUGUUCAACCUGCUCACGGCGCAGAGUGUCGCGGCGGAGAACUUUCCCUUCUGCACCAUCGACCCCAACGAAGCUCGCUGUGCGGUCCCCGAUGAACGCUACGAAUGGUUGUGCAAGGUCUGGCAGCCGCCGAGCGAAUACCCGGCGUACCUCCAAUGCACAGACAUUGCCGGGUUGAUCCGCGGCGCGUCGGAAGGCGCCGGCCUCGGCAAUGCCUUUCUGUCGCAUAUCCAAGCCGUGGACGGGAUCUUCCAUGUGAUUCGCGCGUUCGAGAGUGAAGAGGUCGUGCACGUCGACGACACGGUCGACCCGAUUCGCGAUUUGGAAACGAUCCAAGGCGAGUUGUGCAAGAAGGAUCUGUCGUAUGUCCUGGCGCAGCGCAAGGCCCGUGAGACGGACGUCCGCAAGAACCCGACGAUGAAGUUGCCGCCUCUAUUUUUCACGGUCAUGGACACGGUGCAAGAAUUGCUCGAAGCGAACAAGUCCAUCGCAUCCAAGAACGACUGGACCGCCCCCGAAGUCGACAAGAUCAACGAGUUGAUUCCUGCGGCGAUCACGACCAAACCCAUCAUCUACCUGGUCAACUUGACCAAGCGCGACUUUAUCCGCAAGGGAAACAAGUGGCUGGUUCCCAUCAAGCAAUGGGUCGAUUCCCACGGCGGCGGCGUCAUGAUUCCGUUUUCCGUCGAGUUUGAACAGGAACUGUGGGACCAGCGAAAGGUCAACAAGGAAUUUGUCCCCGAAGUCCCAUCCGUGCUGCCCCGUAUCAUCAAAGUCGGAUACAAGCAAUUGAACUUGAUGUAUUACUUCACGGCCGGUGACAAAGAAGUGCGUUGCUGGACGUUGCGCAAGGGAGCCACGGCGCCACAAGCCGCCGGUGUCAUUCAUUCGGAUUUCGAACGGGGAUUCAUCAAAGCCGAAGUGGUGGGGUUUGAAGACUUUAAAACGUUGUCGGAAGGGGAUAAGAAGGGCAUGAGUAAAGUAAAAGCCGCGGGAAAGUACCGCCAAGAAGGCAAGACUUACGUCGUCCAAGAUGGAGACAUCAUUUACUUUCAAUUCAACGUCACCAACAAGAAAAAGUAAACCGAGCUAAUACAUUCAUUCGUGGGGUUCAAAUAAUAUUCAAAU